UGUGUUCAAGGACAUCACGCCGUGUUACUCUGCGGAUUAGUGUCGGCUGCUGAAGCAUUUAAUAAGCCAGCUCCCUCAACUGGGUUUCACUCACUCAGAUUUUUCCAAGUACACCACCCCAUCUUCAAUUCAAGAAUGGAGAGCACAAGAAUGAGCCAAUGGUUAAGUCUCCUAAUAUGUGGACUGCUAUUACUAAAGGCAGAAGGGAUUUCCGUGCGAAUAACUUAUGUUGAAAGUGCAGUACCAAAAGGAGCUGUUUGUUUGGAUGGAAGUCCACCAGCUUACCACUUUGAUAAGGGAGUCGGAGCAGGGAUUAACAACUGGAUAGUUCAUUUUGAGGGAGGAGGAUGGUGCAACAAUGUCACCACUUGCCUUGACCGUAGGGACACUCGAUUAGGUUCAUCUAAGAAAAUGGAUCAGCAACUUUCCUUUUCUGGAUUUUUCAGUAACAGCCAAAAAUUUAAUCCAGAUUUCUACAAUUGGAACAGAAUCAAGGUUAGGUACUGUGAUGGGUCAUCAUUCACUGGUGACGUUGAAGCAGUGGAUCCAGCAACCAAUUUGCACUUCAGAGGAGCAAGGGUUUUUGUUGCUGUCAUUGAGGAUUUACUAGCAAAAGGAAUGAAAAAUGCUAAAAAUGCAAUUCUCUCUGGAUGUUCAGCUGGAGGAUUGACUUCUAUUUUACAGUGUGAUCACUUCAAAGCUCUAUUACCUACAUCAACUAAAGUGAAAUGCCUUUCAGAUGCUGGUUAUUUUAUCAAUGUAAAGGAUGUCUCUGGAGCACAACACAUUCAAGAGCUCUACAGUCAAGUUGUUGAAACACAUGGUUCAGCGAAGAAUUUGCCUACAUCCUGCACUUCAAGACUCAGCCCCGGGCUGUGCUUUUUCCCGCAAAAUGUGGCAUCACAAAUCAAUACACCGAUCUUCUUUGUAAAUGCGGCCUAUGACUCAUGGCAGAUUAAGAACAUUUUGGCACCCGGUGUUGCUGAUCCCCAUGGCCAGUGGCGUAACUGCAAGCUUGAUAUAAAAAACUGCUCACCUGGUCAACUAAAUACAAUGCAAGGUUUCAGGACGGAAUUCUUAAAGGCUUUGAGUGUGGUUGGGAACUCUCCUUCUAAAGGAACGUUCAUAGAUUCUUGCUAUGCCCAUUGCCAAACUGGAAUGCAAGAGACAUGGUUGAGAAAUGACUCUCCACUGCUGGCCAAUACUACAAUAGCAAAGGCGGUGGGAGACUGGUUUUAUGAACGAAGGUCUUUCCAUCAGAUAGAUUGCACUUACCCUUGCAACCCUACUUGUCAUAACCGUGUUUUCGAUCCUUAAGUCCAUGCAGGAGUAUAGAGUCAUUUAAGCAGUAUAAUAUAUCAUUUCUACAAACUACUCUUAUUGUUAUUAAAUGAGAAAAUAUGAUUUGUAAUUUAAAAGCUUUCGAAGUAAAUAAAGGCACCCUCGACCAUUGUUUUAAUGUUACAAUUGGUGUCCUCUUGGAAUA